GUGUAUGUUAGUAGUCAGCGCUUGCAAUGGAAAGUGAUGGGACCGUGGUGAUGAUGAACGGAGAGGCAGAUGAUCUGGUCGCUGACAGGAAUAACAAAUGUUUGGAGUUUGCCAGCAUCGCAGCAUGUGACCAGGCAGUAGCACAAUGUUAUCUGGCCGAGAACGAUUGGGACAUGCAAAGGGCACUCCACUCAUAUUUUGAGCCUGUAGUAGAACCUUUAUCACAAGAAGGCGCUAAAGUUGAAGAAAGCGUCUUAUCAUUGGAACCAACGAUGCCUGCAACCUCAUCUGACACAUGCGUUGACCUGACCAGUGAUGAUGUGCUUGUAGUUAAAUCUGUUCCAGUAGCUAAUACAUCAACAGUGACACAAGAAGACGAGAGUCGCUUUUCUUUCGUUACAUGGAAUAUAGAUGGACUUGAUCAGUCAAACCUUUCAGAAAGAGCCAGAGGUGUUUGUUCUUAUUUAGCUCUGUACAGUCCAGAUGUAAUAUUUUUGCAAGAGGUUAUUCCACCAUACUUUGAAUACCUAAAGAAGCGAGCGGUUAGCUAUAACAUUAUCACAGGAGAUGAAGAUGGCUAUUUCACUGCUAUAAUGCUGAAAAAAUCCAGAGUAAAGAUAAUAAGCCGGGAGAUUGUAACCUACCCAACCACAUCCAUGAUGAGAAACUUGCUUAUAGCAAAUGUAACAAUCUCUGGCACUAAUAUAUGCCUAAUGACCUCUCAUCUUGAGAGCACCAAAGAACAUUCACAAGAACGUUUAAAACAGCUACAGGUGGUGCUGGAAAAGAUGCAGGAGGUACCACCAUCUACAACUGUAAUAUUUGGUGGCGAUACAAACCUGAGAGAUACAGAGGUUACAAAAUUAGGUGGCCUACCAAGUAAUAUACUUGACGUUUGGGAGUUUUUGGGAAAACCAGAGCACUGUCGUUACACAUGGGAUACAAAAGUCAACAACAAUCUUGGGGCCCGCUACACCUGCAGAUUGCGCUUUGAUCGGAUACUGUAUCGAGCUGCUGUUGAUGGGGGACAGGUGAUUCCUCAGUCUCUGGACCUCAUUGGUUUAGAAAAAUUGGACUGUGGGAGGUUUCCAAGUGAUCACUGGGGCCUGUUGUGUGAUUUUGAUGUGAUCUUGUAAAUCAACCAGAAUGUUAGGGGUGGGUAUUUUAAUAAAUGUAAAAUUACAUAUUUUAAUUAAACAUUUUUUUAUUAAUA